CUUGCAUGACUGACAGACACCUCUUCUCAAGAAUCUUUUCUCCGUGACACUGGUGGACUCUCGAAUACAAAUUCACGCUAAGGAGUAUUGAAGUGGCCAUGAAACAGCCCAGUAGGAAGAGGAAGCUUAGCAUGGAUUCCAAAGAGCACGUGGGCCAAGAUGGACGCUUGGAGCAAGCAGAAGAAAAGAAGCCCAAGGACAGCACGGCCCUCUCGAGUCACGCACCUUCCACAGCAACACAGGAAGCCUGGUCCUGGGAGCAGUACCUGAAAGAACAAAAAGCCACAGCUGCACCUGUGGAGCUGUUUUCCAAGGAUCAAUCCUUUCCAGAGCAUGAAAAUGGUUUUCAGAUUGGGAUGAGAUUAGAAGGCAUUGAUCCUCGACACCCAUCGGUAUUCUGUGUGCUUUCUGUAGCUGAGGUGUGCGGUUACCGGCUGAGACUGCAUUUUGAUGGUUAUUUAAGCUGCUAUGAUUUCUGGAUUAAUGCUGGUUCCCCUGAUAUUCAUCCAGUAGGGUGGUGUGGAAGGACCAAACAUGAACUACACAUCCCUAAAGGUUAUAGAAAAGAUAAAUUUGUUUGGAUGGAUUACUUGAAGGCCUGCAAAUUACAAAAUGCUCCUAAGAAAUUAUUCAGAAACAGAAGUUCUAAUGGGCUGAUGUCUAAGGAGCUUCAGGUGGGAAUGAAGCUGGAGGCUGUGGAUAGGAAGAACCCAUCCUUGGUCUGUGUAGCAACCAUAGCAGACAUUGUGGAAGAUCGCCUCCGAGUGCACUUUGAUAACCGGGAUGAGAGCUAUGAUUACUGGUGUGAUGUUAGUAGUCCUUAUGUCCAGCCGGUUGGUUGGUGUCAGGAGAAUGGAAGACCUCUGAUAGCGCCCCCAGGAUAUACUGAUCCAGAAAACUUUUCCUGGACAGAAUAUCUGGAAGCUACUCAAACUAAUGCAGUCCCUGCCAAAGUUUUAAAAAUGAGGGGCCCUCACGGUUUUCUGCCAGACAUGAAACUUGAAGUGGUGGAUAAACGAAACCCACGCUUAAUUCGUGUUGCUACAGUCAUAGAUGUUGAUGACCAUAGAGUAAAGGUUCAUUUUGAUGGUUGGGACCAUAAGUAUGACUAUUGGAUGGGUGUAGACAGCCCGGACCUUCACCCCAUUGGAUGGUGUGAUGUAACAGGACAUCCCUUGGAAGUGCCACUUUGGGCAAAUGAUGUGAAAGUCCUUCCAGGUCAAGCUGUUUGUCCUACUCCUGGGUGCCGAGGAAUAGGCCAUAUCCGAGGUCCACGUUAUGCAGGACAUCACAGUGCUUUUGGCUGCCCGUAUUCGGACAUGAACUUGAAGAAGGAGGUCACCCUUGCUGAUGGCCUGAGAGAACAAACAGGGGUGCCUCUGAGGUCCGGCACGCCCCACUCAACACUGAACAGCCUCUGUGGUUUGAACUUCAAUGGGAAACACGCAAAGGUGAACAGUCAGCACAGACUUGUACAGCAGGCAAAAUGUUUGAAAAUCAAAGGAAAAGAAGAUGUUGACUUGGACAAUCUUUUCAGAGUUCUAGGGCUUGACCCUCAGGGCCUGGAAUACUCAGCCGAGCAGACACAACAGCCUCUUCACCCGUCCAUCUUCAUGUCUACCCAUCCAUUCCGUGACGUUUCUGUUGGCAGAGAACAGCACUUCAAGCUGCUUCCGGGCGUGGCCGGCAUCCAAGCCAGCCAAGUGGCUGGAUGGACAGUGGAGGAGGUGGCUGAGUUUGUACAGUCUCUUCUGGGCUGUGAAGAGCAAGCCAAGUGCUUCGAGAAGGAGCAGAUUGAUGGCAAAGCCUUCCUACUUCUGACACAGACAGACAUUGUCAAAGUGAUGAAGAUCAAGCUGGGCCCUGCGCUGAAGAUCUACAAUUCCAUCCUGAUGUUCAAAGCCUCCCAGGACCUCACCGAAGAUGCUGCCUUGAGCCAAGAAGCACGGGGGUGAACGUGCUCCUGAACUUGAACUUUCAGCGGCACCAGGUCCUGGACUCCUUCAGCAAUAACAGGGGUACCCACUCAUUUGAGUUUCCUGGUCCCAUUCACAGUUUAUCUGGACCCUUUAGAAAGUCUCUGUGGCUUACUUGGGUGGAGGAUUUUGUGUGGAGGAUUUUGUGUGGAGAGUGUGGGUUUGCAGUGUGGUUGUCUUGGGAGGUCAUCUGUGUUACAGAACAAAGAAGCCCACACUGUAGGUCUAUGUGCUUUCUCGUCACAAAAGAAGCCAUUUCCAUUCUGCAUUUCCAUUCUCUGGUAGUAAGAUAGCAGAAAAGCUGUGCAUAUCAGUGCAUGGUUGCCAUGUUUAUCAGCGCCACCACGGAGCGCUGACCACACUUGUCAUCCAAGGACAGCGUGUCUCAGAGAUGGAAGCCUGGUGCCUUUAAAAGACUCUUGUGAAAUUUCUAUGUGCUUUGACUCAGGAAAGUGAACUUUGAAAAAAAAUAAUAAUAAGCACAUGUUUUCAGGUUUCAUAAACUCUCCUUUUUAUUCCAUUACUAUUUAUUUAUUUAUUUUAAUUUAUUUUAUAACUAGUCUCUGGUUGUGGUCCCAAGGCGUCCUGGAGCCUACACUAAGCAUUGUGCCUAGGACUAAUAGCAAAACAGUUGACAGGCACGUCUAGAAGCUGGAGAGACUCCCCAUCUGCAGUGAGACUGCGGGCACCUCUCCUAACAGUGCAU